GUGAUUUGUCUACCUAGUUCAUUAGGUUUGUAUGAAGUGCUCAUAACAUUUUGUGUCUGUUUCACUUUUUUUAUUUUUUCUGGCAUUGCACUUUUCUGUAGUUCUUUCAUCUAAUGUAUUUUUUAAAAUUCCAUAACAUUCUCUUAAAGUUCAGCUCAAACUGCUUUAUUAUAUAUUUUGGGCUUGGGAUUUGUCUCUAUUUUCUUACCUGGCAAGUUAUGUUCAGCCAUUUCGGAUACAGAAAAGUUUUGCACUAUUUUCUGUCAUUUUAAAUGAAUGGUAGCUUUGACCAAUCAAUACAAUUGUUAAUAUAUAUAUAUAUAUAUAUAUAUCUGCCAUAUUAUGUAUUUUUUUUGCCAUCGAUGAAGUCUUAAUAAACCUUUUGGAAUCCGUUUGAUGCAUUUUCCGAAUACCUCUAUGGCUGUAUACUUACCUCAAAGGAAGAGCCAAUUACAACAGUUAUGAACUUUUGUGUAUUAUUUCCUUGCCAAGAAUCUGUUAUGCUACAUUCUUAGGAGAAUGUCCAACUGUAAAACAAAAUGUUUUCUCCUUACUAAUCAUGCAAAUAUAUUGGCUUAAUGUUUUGAUGGAUGUGGUUUAUUUCAUAUCUGUUUACCUUAGUGUCCUUGUACUGUCUGGCACAAGAAGGGAGAGCAAUGGUUGCUACUCAGACAGAAAUACUGCCUUGCAUCACUAUUUACUUUUUAAAAUGCACAAAUUCCACAGUAUCAUUGCACUAUCCCUGGAAGGAUGUGGCAGAGAAAUUUCUUAGAAUUCCAAGUGCAUUGCAACCCAAGUCUGACCAACUGACCGCUUCAUUCAUCUAGAUCAGGAUGAAGAAAAGGAAGACGGCUUUAAUCAUACUCAUCCAUAACACCCUCCGUGUGGGUGCCUACAGAGAAUAUUGAUUAAAUAUAAACUUGUUUUCAUCUGGAAUCCAUCAAAUUAGUUAGGAACGUAGAGUAGGAACGUCUUUCUCUGACAAAACGUGUAGGACACAUAUUUGAAACCAAAGAUAUUGCAUAAUGAACUGCAUUACUUUCCUGUUCACUUCAAUGAAGUGUUUGUUGUCUAGCCCCUUUUGUAACCUUUUGGGGCUUUCAGGUGAGCAAAUGUGGUUCUGGUCUUAAUUAGGCUGAGAAAUUCCUUGAAGGGGUAGAAUUGUGUGGUGGUGGUGGGCUAAACUUCACUGGAAACUGAAUGGUCUGGACACAAAGGAACUUUUGUUUCAGAGACCUCUGGUUUGGGGGUAGAUUCUCAGACUCCCGGCGCUCUGCAUGGGAAUGGAACUGUCUAUAAAGGCUGCUGCUCACUCCGCAUUUCAGACUGGGCUUCCUGCACACAAGCUGUUUAUUCUCUGAAGGAAAAUGGUUAGUCGAAUUCAGCAUCCGGCUGGUGGGUACAAGAAAAUAUUUGAGACGUGUGGAGAAUUGAAUGAACCUAUUCCUGCUAUCGUUGUAGGUAGGUGUGAUUCCAGAAUGGCUGAGUGGCAGUCUAUUGCGUCUGGGACCCGGCCUGUUUGAGGUGGGGGCUGAACCUUUCUACCACCUUUUUGAUGGCCAGGCCCUCAUGCACAAGUUUGACCUAAAGAAUGGCCAUGUGACCUACUAUCGGAAAUUUGUCAAAACAGAUGCCUAUGUGCGAGCCAUGACAGAGAAAAGAGUGGUCAUCACUGAGUUUGGAACAGCAGCCUACCCAGACCCCUGCAAAAAUAUAUUCUCACGGUUUUUCACCUACUUCAAAGGGAUUGAGGUGACCGAUAAUUGCUUAGUGAAUGUGUACCCUGUUGGUGAGGAUUUCUAUGCCUGCACAGAAACCAACUACAUCACCAAAGUGGACCCAGACACACUGGAGACUCUGAAAAAGGUGGACCUGUGUGAUUACCUCUCGGUCAAUGGGGUGACGGCUCAUCCACACAUUGAAAGUGAUGGAACGGUGUACAACCUUGGGAACUGUUUUGGGAAGAACAUGUCAUUGGCCUACAACAUUGUCAAAAUUCCUCCCACACAGAAAGACAAGUCAGAUCCCAUUGCAAAGUCCAAGGUUCUUGUGCAGAUACCCAGCAGUGAGAGAUUCAAGCCCUCGUAUGUUCAUAGCUUUGGAAUGACAGAAAACUACUUUGUCUUUGUUGAGACUCCAAUAAAGAUCAACCUUCUAAAGUUCUUGACUGCUUGGAGCAUCUGGGGCACAAAUUACAUGGAUUGCUUUGAGUCAAACGAAACCAUGGGUACAUGGUUCCAUCUGGCUAUGAAGGACCCAGCUAAAUACAUAGAGCAUAAAUUCAGGACCUCUGCCUUCAAUCUCUUCCAUCACAUCAACAGCUAUGAGGACGAUGGCUUCAUCGUUGUUGACCUGUGCACUUGGAAAGGUCAUGAGUUUGUCUACAACUACCUAUAUCUGGCCAACCUGCGGGAGAACUGGGAGGAAGUGAAGAAAGCUGCUAUGAGGGCACCUCAACCGGAGGUCCGGCGAUACGUUCUGCCCAUAGACGUCCACAGAGAGAAACAGGGGAAGAAUCUGAUAUCCCUUCCGUACACCACAGCCACUGCAGUGAUGCGCAGUGAUGGAACCAUCUGGCUGGAGCCUGAGGUUCUGUUUUCUGGACCACGACAAGCAUUCGAGUUCCCUCAAAUCAACUACAGUAAGUUCUCUGGGAAGAACUACAGCUAUGCCUAUGGACUGGGUCUGAACCACUUCAUCCCUGACAGGAUUUGCAAACUGAACGUGAAGACCAAGGAGACGUGGGUGUGGCAGGAGCCAGACUCGUACCCCUCAGAACCUAUCUUUGUGCAGACCCCAGACUCUGUGGAGGAAGAUGACGGGGUGUUGUUGAGCAUCGUGGUGAACCCUGGAGCAGACCAGAGGCCAGGGUACCUCCUCAUCCUCAAUGCCAGAGAUCUGACAGAGAUUGCACGGGCUGAGGUGGAGGUUAUCAUCCCUGUCACCUUCCAUGGAAUGUACAAGCCUUAGGAACACUUUCUCAACACAUCUACAGAACAAUCAUAAUACUAAAACUGUUGGAUUAUACUUUACACAAGACAUCUAGUUACAGUGCAUUUGGAAAUUAUUCAGACAUCUUCCCUUUUUCCACAUUUUGUUAACGUUACAGCCUUAUUCUAAAAUUGAUUAAAUAAAAAUAGUUCAGCAAUCUACACACAAUACCCCAUAAUGA